AUGGGGAGCCAGGAAACAUCGGUGGAAGGAUCUCGUUCCCGUGGCAACAGCACGCUCGGCCCGGUCUGUCCCAUUCCGGAAGCGGAGAGGGGGAGUGGGCGGAGUCAGGGCAGCCGGGCCAAUGCGAGAACGCGUCCUCCCAGCCGCGUCCCCCCCCGCGCGCCGGCGGCGGUGGUACAGCCCAAGGCGGAAGCGGCUCCGGGACACCCCGAGCUCCCGAGUGCAGUUAUGGCUGCGGGUGUUCCUUGUGCGCUUGUCACGAGCUGCUCCUCCACCUUCUCUGGAGACCGGCUGGUCCAACACAUCCUUGGAACAGAAGAUCAUCUUGUGGAAGCCACUGCGAAUGAUGCCGUGAGAUUUUAUCCUUGGACCAUUGAUAAUAAGUACUAUUCAGCUGACAUCAAUCUGUGUGUAGUGCCGAACAAGUUUCUUGUCACUGCAGAGAUUGCAGAGUCUGUCCAAGCAUUUGUGGUUUACUUUGACAGCACACAAAAAUCUGGUCUUGAUAGUGUCUCCUCAUGGCUUCCCCUGGCAGAAGCGUGGUUACCUGAAGUGAUGAUCUUGGUCUGUGAUAGAGUGUCUGAGAAUGGUGUAAACCGACAAAAAGCUCAAGAAUGGUGCAUAAAACAUGGCUUUGAACUGGUAGAACUUAGUCCGGAAGAGUUGCCUGAGGAGGAUGAUGACUUCCCAGAAUCUACAGGAGUAAAGCGAAUUGUUCAAGCCUUGAAUGCCAAUGUCUGGUCCAACGUAGUGAUGAAGAAUGAAAGGAACCAAGGCUUUGGCCUUCUCAGCUCAUUGGCUGGAGCAAACCAUAGCAUUGGAUCAGCAGACCCGUGUCACUCAGAGCAGCCCCGUCUGCCAGCAGCAGAUUGGACUGGAUCCCUCCUGGAUCGUCAGAGUGGUGCAGCCAAUACAGCAGAUGCUCAGGUCGAUAGCAUUGUGGAUCCUAUGUUAGAUCUGGAUAUUCAAGAAUUAGCCAGUCUGACUACGGGCGGAGGAGAUUUGGAAAAUUUUGAAAGACUGUUUUCAAAGUUAAAGGAAAUGAAAGACAAGGCUGCGACACUUCCUCACGAGCAGAGAAAGUUGCAUGCAGAAAAGGUUGCCAAAGCCUUCUGGAUGGCAAUUGGGGGAGACAGAGAUGAAAUUGAAGGCCUUUCAUCUGAUGAAGAACACUAA